CAGCACUUUCUUGCUCCCGUUGCUUUGCAAUUUUUCCUUUCUUCUCAAAAACCCUUAGUUAUCCUUUUUCGUACAUUUUGAUGGCGGAGGAAGAGGCCAUAGCAGCUGCACCCAGCCCCGCCCCUUCCGAUCAUAAACGGACACUUGAGGAUCUCGAACCUCUAGAUCCCCCUGUCGACAUGCCUCCUGGCUCUCCUGUAGACCCUGAUGCGGAAGAUAACGAUGUGACGCCAUCUGAUUCGUACGACGCCAAACGCCCUAGGUUAUACGAGGAUAAUACCGACGCCUUGGCCAGUGAGAAUGAGUUCCAGGCUGAAGAAUCGAAUGAGCCUGCAAAGGAGGAAGAAGAGGCUCCUCAGCAAAAUGAGGUUAACAAGAAAGCAGAGGAUGAUGACUCUUCCCCAAAGGAGGCUCAUGAUACUGUACAACCCGAGCAAGUUGAAGGAACUACGGAGGAAACAGGUCUGCAAGUUGAAGGAACUACGGAUAAUGGUCAAGAACCCACUAAAGAGGAUAAUGAGCAACCUGAUGAUUUGCCCCAGCAGGAGGUUGAUGAUGGUUCAACUAUUAGUCGCAAAAUGGAGGUUCCUAAUGCUAAGGUUGGUGUUCUCAUUGGUAAGGCAGGGGAUACUAUAAGGUACUUGCAAUACAACUCGGGUGCAAAAAUUCAAAUUAUGAGGGAUGCAGAUACUGAUCGGGAUGCACCUACAAGACCUUUGGAAAUAAUUGGAACUUUAAGUAGCAUAAACAAAGCUGAGAAGCUUAUAAGUGCUGUCAUAGCAGAGGCUGAAGCUGGGGGUUCUCCUUCCCUAGUAGUCAGGGGCCUUGCUACCACACAGGCUACUGGUGCUGCUGAUCAAAUUGAGAUACAAGUUCCAAAUGAGAAGGUUGGUUUAAUCAUUGGUAGAGGUGGGGAAACCAUAAAAGGACUGCAGACAAGGUCAGGGGCUCGAAUUCAGUUAAUACCACAACAUCUCCCAGAAGGGGAUGGAUCAAAAGAAAGAACGGUGAGGGUAACUGGGGAUAAGAAGCAAAUUGAGAUUGCCAGAGAAAUGAUAAAAGAUGUUCUGAACCAGAAUGUCAGGCCAUCACCUCAUUCUGGUAGUUUCAAUCAGCAGGGCUAUAGACCUCGGGGAACCGGUGGUCCACCUCAGUGGGGUCCCCGUGGCAACCCAUCUCAGAUAGGGUCAUAUGAUUAUCAGCAACAGGGACCAUAUCCAUCUCAAAACUCUCAUUAUCAACCUCCUUAUGUUGGCUACCCUUCUCACCAAAUGGCCCCAAGGAGCAACUUUGGUCCUAGUUGGGAGCAGGGGCCUCAUAACAUGCAGGGACCUCCACAGAGUGGAGGUUAUGAUUACUACGGUAGGCAAGGAGGGGUGUCUAAUCCACAUUUGACUUCAAUCCCUGGGCAUGGAUCUGGGCCUGCUCCUGCACCAUCUCAGUCAAAUUAUAAUUAUGGACAGCCUCGUGGUCCAGGAGAUUAUGCACAUCCACCACCCUAUUCUCAAGCCGCUCCCCAGCAUGGCUAUGGACAUGGAUAUGAAGAAAAGAAUGAAAAUCAUACCCCAGUCCAGCAUCCUUAUGGAGGAUAUGGGUCUACUCAGCCAGGAUAUGCACAGCCAGGUCCUCAACCUGGGUAUGCCCCUCAGCAGCAAUAUGGUAAGCCACCAUUAUAUGCCAUGCAAUCACAAGGACCUCAAACAUAUGGUCCUCCAACCAAUCAACCUGGAGAAGUACCAUAUCAAGGUCCAACUGUGCAGUCAUAUGGUUUGAAUGUGCCUCCACAGCAGCAAUACCCAUGUACAUCAAGCGGGCCCACACAGCAAAGCUAUCCUCCUUAUGGCUCUGCACCACCUAGUGAUGGAUACAGUCAGCCUCCAUCUGUGACUGGCCAGGCUUAUCCGCAGCAAGGUAGCCAGCCUGUUGCUGGGUACAGUCAGCCAACCGCUUAUGCUCAACCAAGUACUGCUGGGUAUGGUCAAUACCCACCAUCACAACAAGGUUACUCUGAACAGCAACAAGCUCCAAACAAUGCAGGUUAUGGUUACCAAGGGGCCCAAGAUUCUGGUUAUGGUGGUGCCCCUGCUGCAACAUAUGGUGCACAGCCAACCAGUGGCCAAGCCACUUACGCUCAAACAACAGCAGCUCAACCUACCUAUGAUCAGUCUGUUCCCCAGUCUGGGGGUUAUGCUGCACCAGCUGCAGCACCAGGUAGUGCACCUGCCGGGUAUGGAAAAACAGUAUCACCCCAGCCUGGAUAUCUGCAGUAUGAUUCAACCCAGAUGUAUGCUGCACCGCGUUGAUGUGGCAGUCUUCCUGUAUUUGUUUGUGUUGGUUAAUGUAGUCGUGUACCUGUCAUUUUCUAGAUAAUGAAUUUUAUUUUUUUAAGCUUUCUAGUCUAGAUGUUUAUUUCUUA